AUGGGGAAAUUACAUCAGAUACACACGUCGAUUUCAUGUUCAUUUAGCUCACUGCUUGCGGGGUUGUUUUAUGUAUGGACUUCGUAUACAAUAGAACUGUUUAAAGACAGCCAUACAACGUUACUUAAGGCGCCAAUGACAGAUGUAGAGAGCUCCUUACUAGGCAGCCUCCUAUUUCUUGGAUCUAUGAUCGGAACUGCUCUAACCGGUAUUGUGAUAGAAAAAUUUGGAAGACAAAAGGGCGGGAUGCUGUUAGUUCUGCCGUAUGUGGUAUCAUGGGCAAUAGUCAAUCUCUCUUCUACAUCAACGAUGAUCAUAAUAGGAAGGUCCAUUGGAGGAAUAGGAGGCGGCACUGCCCUCAUCUACGGCCCUAUGUUCAUUUCGGAGAUCGCUGAAGAAUCUAUAAGAGGAACGUUGGCAUCUGUUCCAGUUGCAAUGUAUUGUAUAGGCGUUCAAUUAUCCUAUAUAAUGGGUUGGUGUCUGACCUACCGAUACAUCGUGUGGGUGAACCUUGCAUGCAGCAUACUAGGAAUGGUGCUUUUGAUGACGGUAACUGAAAGUCCCGUUUACCUUUUGCGGCAGAACAGAGAGGAGGAUGCUAGACUAGCCAUAGCUCGUUACAGGGGAGAGUCGCCAGCAUCCAAAAUAGUUUUGGAGGAACUGUCGCGGCUAAAACAACAGAUAACGCCUGCUGUCGAAUUAAUAGCAAUGAAUAUUGAAGACAACCCUAAAACAGAAGAAGCGGAAAAGGAAAAGCUCAAUAUGGGUGAUGGUUCUCCAGAAAUUAAAAUGAAAAUGAUAUCUCUCAAAUUACUAUUUUUAUCAGCAUCGUCACGUCGAGGAUUCAUCGUGGUGGGGUUAUGCCUUGUUUUGCAGGCCAUGAUGGGCAUGAUACCUGUGCAAGCGUAUGCAAAACAGAUUUUUACCCAAGCAGCCCCGAGUCUGUCGUCUCAUUUAUGCUCCAUUAUGUUAGGUACGGUCCUCCUCGUUGGAAGUUUGUUAAGUCUUGUGGUGGCUGACAACUAUGGAAGAAAGUUCCUUUUGAUAACUUCGUCAAUAUUGGUAGCCCUUUGCCUCAGCACUAUGGGCAUAUUCCUGCAGACUGGUAUUGUGCCACCGUGGGUGAUUGCAGUGCUUAUUCUUGUGUACUGUUCCUCCUUCAUGCUUGGAGCCGGUAGCAUACCUUACGUAUUGCUCGGUGAAUGUUUCAUACCAGAGGUACAAAGUUUAGCGAUUAUACUACUACUGGAAUUGGUCUGGCUUGUCAACUUCUUCGUUAUUGGAGUCUUCCCUUUUAUGAUCAAAUACAUCGGUAUCCACGGCUCUUUUUACAUAUUCGCUUGCUGCGCCGUUUUAAAUAGUUUCGUUAGCUACUUCCUCGUACCUGAAACUAAAGGUCUCACCCAAGACCAAAUACAAAAACAAUUGUUAAGAAGCAAAAAAUAA